AUGGAGGAGUUGAAAGCCCCUGUAAGUUUUUUCCACAAGUCCUCUUUCAGCAUCAGCAGCUUGUUGCUCCGACACCAGCGGGUGAUGAGUGACUGCGGCGCCGCGCCGGACGCACCGCGCUCCCGUGCCGCAAAACCUCCGCCGCCGCAGCGCUCCCAUCCACCCGAAAAACCGAGGCGUACGAUUCGAGAGAGGACCGAAACCACCCGACGGGAUAAAAAAGAGCCCGGAGAAGUUAUAGAGUCAACAGAGGAGAAAGAGAAGAAGAAUAAACCCGAGAAGCCGCCGUUCAGUUAUAACGCGCUCAUCAUGAUGGCCAUCCGCCAGAGCCCGGAGCGACGGCUCACCCUCAACGGCAUUUACGAGUUCAUCAUGGGCAAUUUCCCGUACUACCGCGAAAACCGCCAGGGCUGGCAAAACUCCAUCCGACACAACUUGAGCCUCAACAAGUGUUUUGUCAAGGUUCCGCGCCACUACGACGACCCGGGAAAGGGCAACUACUGGAUGCUGGACCCGUCCAGUGAUGAUGUGUUCAUCGGCGGCACCACCGGGAAACUUCGGCGCCGCUCCACCGCCGCGUCCCGGGCCAAGAUGGCCAUGAAGAGAGGCGCGCGGCUGUCCUCCACCACGGCCACCGGACUGUUCGCGAGCUCGUUUUAUUGGCCGGUUCCGCCGUUCGUGACGCUCCAGCAUCCUCACCCGAGCUCAGCGUCAGCAGCACCUUACAUCGGAGCGGUUCUGUCCCAGAGCUCGCAUCACUUCGGUUCCGAGAGACUUCUCCCGUCCGGUCAAGAGGCAGCUUAUUACGGGAUGGGCUGUGAGCAGCGCAGGCACCAUCACCAGCUGUCCUCGUCUUUCACCACAUCUGCCGCCGUGCCUCUGACUCUCUCUUCUCCCUGCUCUUUCAAUUUACUCUCCAAUCAGUCGAGCUACUUUUACUCUCAUCAGGUGCCUCACACUGCUGGACUUUCUCCCUGGUCGCAGGAGGAAUCUUACCUCUCCAAAACACCUCCUUCUGGACAGUUUCCCCCUGGAAAACCCUCUCCUUCUGAUUACAUUGGAGGACUGUGCACAGACGUUCCCAGUUACUUCCCGCAUUUUAACACAGCCAGCUCCAUACACUGA